AUGACAGAAUUAAUGAAUAAGAUAAUAUGUAACAGCUUAACACAUUAUGUCAAUAAGAACCAAAAAGACUGGGUGUUAUAUUAUAAAUUGGUAGUUUUUGCGUAUAACACCUGCCCAAGCUCAAGACUUAAAAUAAGUCCUUUCUUUCUGCUGCAUGGCAUAGAAGCCAACCAACCUUUAGAUAAUAAGAUCAUACCAGAUAAUGACAAUUGUUAUAGCCUAAUUAAAUCAUUGGAAAAAUUACAAGAAAUCAGAAAAGAAAUACCAAGUAUUAUACAAAAUGAACAACAGAUUCAAAAAUUAAAUUAUGACAGAUCCCAUAAGACUUUCAACAUCCUGCUAGGGCAAAAAGUGCUAAAAGAAGUAGAAUGA